CCGCGCCGGGCCCGCCCCGCCGCUCUCACGCGCCGCAGCCGGUCCGGACUUGCCCGGCGUCGGCCGGCCGUGGGCGGGGCCCGGGCGGGGCGUGUCCUCGCCGGCCCGCGGCCGCGCAUUCUCCGCGCUGGGAGCCGCCGCCCCCGCAGCCGCCGCCCGGGCCCGGACUCUGACGCGUGGUCGCCCAGCACCCUGGGGAACUUCCAUACACCUGUCCUGUAGAGGAGUCAUUCCAGACGCCUGCCCCAAGAUGGGUGAGUUCAAGGAGAAGAAUGCUACGUGUGGCACCGUCUGCCUCAAGUACUUGCUGUUCACCUACAACUGCUGCUUCUGGCUGGCCGGACUGGCUGUCAUGGCAGUGGGUAUCUGGACGCUGGCCCUCAAGAGUGACUACAUCAGCCUACUGGCCUCAAGCACCUACCUGGCCACCGCCUACAUCCUGGUGGUGGCUGGUGUUGUCGUCAUGGUGACCGGUGUCCUGGGCUGCUGUGCCACCUUCAAGGAGCGGCGGAACCUGCUGCGCCUGUACUUUAUCCUGCUCCUCCUCAUCUUUCUACUGGAGAUCAUUGCUGGUGUCCUGGCCUACGUCUACUACCAGCAGCUGAACACAGAACUCAAGGAGAACCUGAAGGACACCAUGAUCAAGCAGUACCACCAGCCAGGCCACGAGAGUGUGACCAGUGCUGUGGAUAAGCUGCAGCAGGAGUUUCAUUGCUGCGGCAGCAACAAUUCCCAGGACUGGCGUGACAGUGAAUGGAUCCGCUCGGGUGAGGCAGGUGGCCGAGUGGUCCCUGACAGCUGCUGCAAGACAGUGGUGCCUGGCUGUGGGCAGCGGGACCACGCCUCCAACAUCUACAAGGUGGAGGGUGGCUGCAUCACCAAGCUGGAAACCUUCAUUCAAGAGCACCUGAGGGUCAUCGGGGCCGUGGGCAUUGGCAUCGCCUGCGUGCAGGUCUUCGGCAUGAUCUUCACGUGCUGCUUGUACAGGAGCCUCAAGCUGGAGCACUACUGACUGCCAGGAUUCGGCCUGGCCACCUGCCUCUUGCUGCAUCCCACCUAACUACUGAGCUGACUGCUGACUGCCCGGGCAGAGGCUAUCUUCAUGCCCAUGCCCUGCAUGCCACCACCAUGACCCCUGGUGCCCCACUCUGUGGAUGGCUUCAAGUGCCUUUUACCUGAGUCCUGGGGCAGGGUCCCUCCCCAAGCAUGGGGAAGAUAUGGCCAGUCUGCCUAUGUGGCGCUUGGGGCCCAGGUCUGGUUGAUAGGUAAGAGUUAGGUUCUGAUAAGAGUGCCCCCUCCUUGAUGCCUGGGAAGUAUGGGCAACACCUAGGCCCCUCUACAUGAUGGGUGGUCAGAGGCAGGUGGUAGGAGCCCUGCUGAAGGUGCCUAGGAGGUACAGGGGCUGCCCGGCAGGACCAGGAGCCCUUUGUGCCAGCCCUGAGAGCUGUAGGGCCCCAAUCAUGGAGGGGCCUGGCCUCUCCUGCCAGCCAGAGCCCAGCUUAACUUUUCCCACUGCUCUUAAUACCGCCAGAACCCCGAGUUCACCAGUGUGCUGCAUCUCAGUUAGAAGGUCCCUGCGUGGGAGUAGGGUAUCACUGGUUUUACCCACUGCUGUGUCCCAAAUGCCUACAACUAUUCCUGCCACAUAACAGGUGCUCAAUAAAUCUCUGUUGAACAGU